AUGCAUAUGUAUAUCGAUGCGCUCAAGGCGAUCCACAAGCCGGAUCCCGUCCUUCUGUGCAACCUUGCUGCAUCAUUCUUGAAGCAAGAGAUGUACCCCGAGGCCGAGCAAACUGCCACGGAAGCGCUGGCAAGGGACCCCAAAUCUGUGAAAGCACGAUACAGGCGCAGCAUGGCCCGGAAGGGCAUGAAGAGAUAUCGCGGCGCGGUGAUCGACCUUGACACUCUUCUCUCACACGGACACGACUCUGACGAUAUCUUGAAUGCUUUCCACGACGCUGAAGCCUCCUGGGAGGCAGGCGACAACACGCUCUCUGACGACGGCUAUGCCAGUUCCGAUUACGACUAUCCAUCAUACGAAGACGAAGCAGCCGAAGAGUACGAGGGCUACUCCGGCUCGAGCGAUUGCGAACACGAAGGGAACGGCACCGCGUGUCGGUUCUACAACCACGGAGGAUGCAACCGCGGCAAAGCCUGCCGCUUCUCGCAUGCGCCUGACGGAAAGAGCGUCCGGGAUGACCUUGGAAAGAACGUCUGCAUACACUUCCUCCUUGGCACCUGCAAAUACGGCGCGGACAAGUGCAUAUACUCCCACAAUAGGGCCUACCUCCCGGAGCGGGGCUGGUGGAACGACCCGGAAUCCGUCGAAGUCAUCCGCGCCGCCUUCGAGAUGAACGACCGCGGCCUGCCGAGCGAUCUCCUGUUCCUCGACGCCUUCAUGGGCAACCCCAUCCCCGCCGAGGGUGAACAGUCGCUGCUUCGCGAGCCGCCGCCCCUCCGCCAAAAUAACAGGGGCAAGAGCAAGAAGAAGCAAGCCUCCGCAUCCGCCAGCGAGGCCUUCGUCCUCAUCAUCGUCCUCGAAGACGAUGGCUUCUGGCACGACAUCCACAGCCACCUGCUCAAAGCCCUGCGCGCGAAGAUCGCGGUGAAGCAGUCAACUUCGAAGAACGAGAUUCGCCAGCUGUUGGCGUCCUCGGACCUCGCCGGCGUCCUCGUUGUCGACGCGGGCAUUGCGCGACGCCGCAACGCGAGCCUUGCCGACGAACUCGCGGCGUACGCAAAGCGCGGCGGUGCGGUGGUCAUCGGCGGGCAGUUCAGCAACCAUAUCACCCCCUCCGACAUGAAGACGCUCAUGCAGCGGUUCGGCCUAUCCUGGACCAUGGGUGACUACCACCGCACGACGCACACCCUCAACCCUCAGCACGCUAUCGUUCGCCGGAAUCCGAGCCUCCCCAAGUCGUACAGCAUGAAGGCUGUGCACAUCGCCGGCGCCGACCCCGCUGCAGCUAUGUACGGGCCGACGGAGAACUCGCAGCUGCAGUCACUAGUCUUUGCGCCGCGCAAGAUUGACAAGCUCACGGAGUACCCCGUCGUCCAGUCGCGCGUGGGUGACGGCUACCUGGGCUUCAUCGGAGAUGUCAAUGGCGAGACCGAGUCCACCGCUCCCGUCCUCGCCAUGCUAGGUCUUCUCGACGCCCCAUUGCCCCCGCCAUUGUCUUCGGAUGCUCAACCUUCCACCAUACCUCGAGUUUCUGCCUCAUCUCCUACGCCCCCCGCAUCAUCGUCCAAGAAGACGGUCGCCGUAUUCGCACUGGCCGGCAUGCUGGACAUGUUCCAAAGCAUCAACGCUCACCUCCUAUCCUCCCUAACCCCCAAGGCCCACAUCACCAACGUCACGGACCCCGCCCACGCAAAGAAGACCCUCCUCGACGCCCCCGCCCCCGACGCCAUCCUCAUCGUCGACGCCGCCGUGUCCGAGAAAAAGCACAAGGGUCUCAUAUCCCUCCUCAAGUCCUACGUCCAGAACGGCGGCACCCUCGUCUUCGCCGGCUGCUUCAGCUCCUUCGCGCGCUUCCCCGACAUGGACCGCAUGUGGAGGGCGCUGGGCGUCGGCUGGGAGGCGUCGUCGUACCACCGGGAGGACUUUGCGAAGGAGCUGGACCACGCGACCGUGGCGCGGAAUCCGUCGCUGCCGGGCAGAUAUAGCAUGAAGGCGCUGCAGCUGAAGAACGUCGGAUCGAGCGGGAUGUACUCGGAGGGGAAGCCAGAGUCGCCUAUCGUGCACAAGCGUAUGGGAUCGGGAUAUCUGGGCUACAUCGGCGAUGUCAACGGCGAGGAGAGCACCACGCCAUGCAUCCUGGCGAUGCUCGGAUUGCUGGACGCAGACUUACUUCACUGA